UUGGGUUGAUUUUAUUGGGCUUCAGUUAAACAACAUACUUCCGUAUUUGGUCUUGUUUUGGAUUUUUUUUUUGUAUCUCUGCAACUCAAUACGAAGCACUGAGGAUAUUGUUUACCUACGGUCUCCGAUGGAAAAAAUGUCUUCCGACUCUCCUCGCAGACUAAGUCGCUUUGCUGGAGGGGCAUUAGUGCGAGCACAAGCCACAUCAGAGCAGUCUUACAUGGAAAGUGUGGUGACCUUCUUGCAAGAUGUGGUCCCUCAGGCUUACUCUGGAGGUUUGCAAAUUGACGAAAAGGAGAAAGUCAUUUGGGUUCGUUUUGAGAAGUCUGACAUCAAUGACUCGGCCCGCAAUCCCGACUUCAUUGAGAUACAGAGUGGCACGACUGAUCCUCCUCUCUGUCUCAUGAUUGGCUAUGCUGAUGGGAUGCAGCUUUGGAGUGUAUCGAUGGCAGGAGAGGCCCAGGAGCUGUUUUCUGUGCGCCACGGCCCGGUGAAAACUGCUCGCAUUUUACCAGCCCCAUACAUCAGUGCUUCGAAGGUGGACCUUUUUUCCGACAAGAGACCCUUGCUUGGAGUUUGCAAGAGCACUGGGUCCUCAGGAACAAGCCUCCCUUACUGUUGCACCGAUUUGUAUUCGCUCAGGACAGGGGAACUCGUCAAAUCAAUUCAGUUCAAGACCCAGAUUUAUGAUCUUCACUGUAACGAGCAUAUUCUUGCCGUCAGCCUACAAGAGAAGAUUGCUGCAUUUGACAGCUGCACCUUAACUAAGAAGUUUUUCGUUACAAGUUGUUAUCCCUGUCCUGGGCCAUAUCUCAAUCCAAUAGCACUGGGAAGUCGCUGGCUAGCUUACGCUGAAAACAAGUUAAUCAGAUGUCACCAGUCUCGAGGAGGAGUUUGUGACGAUAAUACACAAUCUUAUACAGCGACAGUGAUCAGUGCUGCAAAGACUCUAAAGACAGGUCUAACCAUGGUUGGAAAGGUUGUGACCCAAUUGACUGGAAACCUGCCAGCAAGUACUUCAGAUGAAGAAGGCCCCCCUCAUGACAUAAGUCGUCGUAGCCUCCAUAAUGCUGGGGUGGUCACGAUCAUUGACACAGAUAGUGUUGGUGAAGGACAGGUCUUGGUGAGCGAGGAUUCAGAAGGACAGGGAUUGGUGGCUCAUUUUCCUGCUCAUGACAAACCAAUAUCCUGCAUGCAAUUCAAUCCCAGUGGAAUGCUACUCGUGACCGCGGAUACCCUCGGUCAUGAUUUUCACGUCUUCCAGAUUCUCACUCACCCGUGGAUGUCUUCGCAGAGCGCAGUUCACCAUCUGUACACAUUACACCGUGGGGAGACUGAAGCAAAGGUCCAGGACAUGUGUUUCAGCCAGGACAGUCGUUGGGUGGCAAUAAGUACCCUUCGCGGGACUACCCACGUAUUUCCGAUCAACCCCUACGGAGGUGCACCAUGCUCCCGUACACAUAUGUCUCCAAGGGUUGUCAACCGGAUGUCACGCUUCCAGAAGAGUGCUGGCCUGGAAGAAAUUGAGCAAGAACUGAACAGAGUGACUACAUUUGGAGGAAGCAUUGGAGGAGCUGGCUCUGUCAUAGGCGGAGGAGUGGCUGUUGGGGGUCGCUGUAGCCCCAUUCCUGGUCUUUCUAGUAGCCCAUCAGGGUCUCCACAUCAUGUGAAGUUAAGCAGUCAAGAACUGUACAGCAACGUUACCAAUAACAACAUGGUAAAUCCUCGGUUGGCCCCUCUACCCAGCCUCACUGUUGUGCUGCCUCUUGCUCAGAUCAAACAGCCCAUGACCCUUGGCACUAUCACAAAACGCACUGGUAAGCCACCCCCUCAGGUGUCUCCAAGCAAGUCCAGUGGAGGAGAAUUCUGUGUUGCUGCCAUCUUUGCCUCCUCCCGAUCGUGGUUCAUCACAAACUCUACCAUGAAAAGAGAAAAAGAUCAGCCACGGCAAACUGUUAUUGACUCACUGUACAUCAUCAGCUGCUACGGUAACUUGGUAGAGCAUGUCCUCGAACCUCGGCCAAUAAGCACUGCACAAAAAAUAAGCGAUGACACAGCUCUGGAACUUUGUACCUCUUCAAGGGCAUGCUGGACCUUAGCAAGAACUCCACAAUGGAAUGAGCUGCAGCCACCAUUCAACUCCAAUCAUCCGUUAGUUUUGGCUUCUAAUAAGGUGCUGUACUCCCAGUAUCUUUUGGCAGGGAUGACCCCAGCAAGCCAAGGCAAAUGUUGGCAGUCAUCAGAUAGCGUGACAUCUGAUCAAACUGGGCAGGACGAUGAGGAGUGGCUCUCUCAGGUGGAGAUUGUUACUCAUACUGGUCCACAUCGUCGGCUCUGGAUGGGACCCCAAUUUCAGUUCAAAACCAUCCAUCCGUCUGGCCAGACAACUGUCAUUUCAUCUUCCUCCUCAGUUCUUCAGUCUCCAGGGCCAUCUGAGGGACAGCAACCUCUCCUGGACUUUGACACAGAUGACCUGGACCUACAAAGCCACAGGAUGCAGUCCUUGCGUUCUGAUCCAGUCAGCAUGCCUGGGUCAUCAGGUCCGUUUGCUGAUCAUCCAGGACAGACUAACGUGGACGCAGUUCCAGGCUAUUCCUCAAAGUGAAGCUCGUCACUUCCAAUUAUAAUUUUUUUUAUCUAUUAAGUUAUGAUUUUCUACAUUUUCAUCAUCCUUUCAUAGACCCUUCCCUUUCUUACUCACUCACCGCCAGUUAUUUUUUGUCAUCUGUGUGUGUAAGAGAGAGAAGAAGACAGGAGGGCCAAGAGCAAGAGAAGAAGAUGACCAACUUACUACAUGUCAAACUAUUUGUCUUAUUAUGUGCUGUCUGUUGAAAAUACUGUGCAGAAAGACCUGUUUGUUGUAGAUUGAUAAAUAACAAUUGAAUCAACGGGCCUGCUCUUUGUGUUUGUCAUUUGGUCUCAUAUUUAGUAACCCAAAAAUUGUGUUUUUGCUUUGUUUUGUUUUAAUGGGAUGAUUGAAAUAUGAAGUAAACACUGGUGUCUUGAGACAACAAGAGGUUUUAAAUCAAUACAUUUUCAACUCCUACAACCUCCUGAUGGAAAUAAAACCCAGCCAGCAAAUCUGAAUUUAACUUCAUUUCUAAGGCACUUUAAGUGACAGUAAAUCACUUUAAACUGAUGGCUAACCAUAUUUCUGCCCGGUGUUGUUUUUGCCAUUUUUAAAAAAUUUUUGUCUUAGGGGCCGUUUACAUGGUGACUCUCCAAGAAGACUGUUUGCAUCUAUAUGGUUCCGUCUCCAUUCGACCAAUGUAGCAAUUCCGCAUCAAAACGAUGUAGUAUUCAUGCCAGGCCAUAGGGGCAGUGCAGAUUUACAAGGUGACAGCGAAUGAUGCACUUGACCCCAAUAAUUUCCGCAGCCCGGAAGACAACAUGCCCGCCCACUCCAAGCAAUGGUGUUUUUCUUUUGUUCCAAAAGGCACAAAAAUGGAAACAUUCAACAUAUUGCAAUUUAAAAAUAUUAUAAAAACAGUCAAUUAAAGCCGACGUGCCACCAUAUUUGCUGUUUUUAAUGUUUAGUAGCACCGUCGCGCACGCCCAAUUAAACGUGUACGAGUGCUGAAGUUAUUGGCGUGGGUUCCGCGGCACAGGAGCUUUUGAUAUGCAUGCAGAGCAAGCCCCCUCAAGCCCCCGCAAUCGAAUUCUUCCACUUUGGAGGCAGUAUUCCAAAGUUUGCGUCUUUGCCUUCCGUCUUCGCAGACACCAUACGAACGUGAGGCCACGCUGCAACAGUCGUUACGUCUUGGUGUCGCAGAGUUGCCAUGUAAACUGCCCCUUAGUCUUUUGGAUGAAAUUCUAAUUAGUUUUACUCAUAUUUCAGCUAUUUCAACAAAUGUUAGUCUUUGUCUAGUUUUCGUCGACGAAUACUCAAAAUGUUUUCAUCUGCUUUUCGUUCGACAAUAAAUUAAAACUAGGCCUGCAAGCAGGACUGGAAUGGCCCUCACAGUUUGGCGUAACUCGGACGGCAUGCAACUAGGCCGGCACACUACUCAGGGUGGUGGCAGAUCGUCCCCCUCUCAUCAUCUCAUGACAAAGUAACAUGUGCUCGAAACCCACCUCUUUUUUUUUUUUUGUGUUGACCCUCUUUUGUGUUGUGGGUAUAGAUGUCAAAGAUAUUUUUGUAUAUUCUGAGAUGAGAAAUACAUUCACACACACACCUAGGUGAAAAAACGCACAGAUAUGUUGUAUACCUGCCACACACACACCUAGGUGAAAAAACGCACAGAUAUGUUGUAUACCUGCCAAUUUAUGACUGUUCAAAAUUUGUGGUGAGACAAAAUGACGACGCUCUUUCACUUUCCUGUUUGGACCCCUCAGCUUCAGCGAAACCUCAAUAUUUUUCAUCAGGCACCUGAACUGAACUGAAGGGAACUUAAAGUUCCCUUAAUGCAGGUUGAAGUUCAAUUGUUUUUUUUUCUCCUUGGAGGAGGAGCCUGUCUAGUAAAAAAGGGUGUUUCCUGUUCACAGCAGGGAACGGCAGGCCUGAUGAGUAAUAUUUCAAUGCAGUCAUGUUCAAGCUGGGAUAUUUUUCAUGUACGCCAGAUAUGAAAAAGACUGAACCUUGGCUCAGUGAGUUAUGAGUAAUUUACUGAAUUUGCCGUGUUGCCAAAAAAAGGGUAUUUUGGCACCCUGCCCAGGCCAUGUCUGUGAAUGAUUUUUAUCACUCUACAUUGAAAAAACCUAGUCGGAGAGGCCUUUUUGAAAAAUUACAGGGGGCGCUGUUAAGCCAUUUUUUAAAGGUUUUCUACAAGGUCGCAAAAUUUUCAAAAUUUACGGUGGGUCAGUCAAGUGACCACUCAUUCUCUCGCUAUUCCAAAAGCAUGUUUUACAAGCACAGCAAAGAAGAUGCUGAAAAGGUUUGGAGCCAGAACACAUUCUUACUUGAGUCCACUCUUGAUUUUAUAGGAGUUGGACAUGCUGUCCACUAGAGGUGUGCAUCGGUACUGCCCUCACGAUUCGAUUCGAUUACGAUUUGGAGGGCCACGAUUCGAUUCAGUUCGAUUUGAUUCGAUUCAGAGGGUCACGAUUCGAUUCGGUUCGAUUUGGCAAUGCAUCGCGAUGCCUUAAAGCCUGGGAGGCAUUAAAAUUCUAAAGCAAAGCAAAUUUUUCGUGAAUCAUGAGGCAACACAAGCGGUCAGACAUUAAACAACUUUUUAUUGGCUCUUGUGUCACUCCUGGUUGAAGUCAAAUGAAAAUACUUUUAGAUAUAUAAAAAAAAAAAAAAAAAAAAAAACAGAUCACAGCAUUUAAUUGGUGCUUUGAAUGAGACCAGGGCUUUCUCUUAUUUUUUUACACACAGUAGCAGCCUUUCACACAGUGCAACAUCUGAACUCCUUUGCAAAAUCAGUAAUAACAGUCACUGUAUUUCAGUCACAACAACCCAUCGAUAAAAAUAUUCAAGUAAAUAUUAAAGAAAGCGACAAAGAAAAUAUUGUAGUGCAGCAGCAUCUUUAUCGCAAUAUCAAUCCAGGGAUCAGUUCAGUUGCAAACAAAACAUCCAACUAAAUUGCAAUGUAGAACAAAAGUAAAAUGUUGGCCUAGCCCACUAUAUAUGUGCAAUCAACUUAGAAAUGCAAACAGUAACUACCACAUAACAAUAAAAAAUAAUGAAUUAAAAUGAAGUGCAGCAGCAUUUUAGCAGCCAUAACAAUCUGUUUUAACAUGAGGAAAUAUCAUUUUUUUGCAAUUGAGAGAGCAGAGAGAUAGUAGAGGUUAGAUGGGGCCUAAAAAAUCCAGCCCGACCCAACACGGCCCGCUGGUAUUGAAGCCCGACCCGGCUUGGAGUGACGCGAAAAAAAAAAAACGCAGCAGCAGCAAUUUAUUAUCAUUUCUUCGAGAUGGCAGAAAAAACGCAUGUUUGUUAAUGUUUAAAUAGUCUACAUAUUUUUGUGAUCAUUAUAGAAGCAUUUGCACAACGAAAUAACGGUGGGAAAGUUUCAUAUUAAAAAAAAAAAACAUGCGAUUUUGCAGACACACAGAGGAGAAGAUUCAAAAGGAUCACAUUUGUGUUGCCUUUGUGUGCAUAAAAAAGUGUCUUUCGUAACGAAUUCUCAGUUGGCAGAAAAAAAAAACGCAAGUUUUCUUAAUGUUUAAAUAGUGUACAUAUUUUUGUGAUCAUUAUAAAAUCAUUUACACAACUAAAUAACGCUGGGAAAGUUUAAUAUAUAUAAAAAAAAAAAAAAAAAACGAGUUUGCAGACACAGAGGAGAGGAUUCAAAAGGAUCACAUUUGUGUUGCCUUUGUGUGCAUAAAAAAGUGUCUUUCGUAACGAAUUCUCAGUUGGCAGAAAAAAAAACGCAAGUUUUCGUAAUGUUUAAAUAGUCUACAUAUUUUUGUGAUCAUUAUAAAAUCAUUUACACAACGAAAUAACGCUAGGAAAGUUUAAUAUAAAAAAUAAAAAAAAAAACGAGUUUGCAGACACAGAGGAGAGGAUUCAAAAGGAUCACAUUUGUGUUGCCUUUGUGUGCAUAAAAAAGUGUCUUUCGUUACGAAUUCUCAGUUGGCAGAAAAAACGCAAGUUUUCUUAAUGUUUAAAUAGUCUACAUAUUUUUGUGAUCAUUAUAAAAUCAUUUACACAACGAAAUAACGCUGGGAAAGUUUAAUUAAAAAAAAAAAAAAAAAACGAGUUUGCAGACACACAGAGGAGAGGAUUCAAAAGGAUCACAUUUGUGUUGCCUUUGUGUGCAUAAAUAAAAGUGUCUUUCGUAACGAAUCGCAAGCGCCACAGCGGAGGAGAAGAAAAAGCGGGCGGCACCACUGCUUCAUGUGAGUGCACAAGCAAAUGCACAAUACAGAGAGCGUGCUCUCGGUUUUAUCCCUUUUUUUUUAUUUUUUUUUUAAAAUAAUUUAUUAGUCCGGCGCGGGGCAGCCCGACCUGAACGUGAAUGCUUAACAUUUUGGACCCGGACUCGGGCACAAGAUCUGACCUCUAAGAGAUAGGACAUAACAUAACAAUGGCUGAAGCGGAGAAAGAGAGAGCAAGAAAGAUUCUUGAUGCACCUAAGACAUUGAAAGCUGACAUCUGGAGACAUUUUGGCUUCUAUGAGGUUGGUGGGAAACUUGACCAGAGUUAUGCAGUGUGUAAAAAAUGAAACAUGUCAAUAAUAAUACAAAUGGGGAAACCAAAUCCAUUGCAUCUCCGGAAUUGCGCAGGGAAGAUUUUUGAACGUACUUAUAUAUUUUAAAAUGCGCUGACUUGAUUCGGCUUGUUGCCCGCAUCGAAUCGAAUCGUCCAUGCCCCGCAUCGGGAUGCAUCGCCGCAUCGAUUAUUGUUGACACCACUACUGUCCACAUACUGGAUUGUUGCAUUAUUGUAAUCAUGGAAGGAUGAAAGGGUGUUGGGUUUUGGAGGGCAACCAAUCUUUGGAAGGAUGUCAAACAGCCCUUCCCUACUGACCAGGUUGAAGGCCUCAGUCAGAUCAGGUCAGGUCUUAUGUUGUUCUCUGCAUUUGAAGUUGACGGAGGGAGAAUAUUAUGUCCACUGUAGAGCGCUCUGCUAGGAGCCGCACUGAGACUCGUAGUAGAUGUAGCUCAGCAAGUUUCUGGAGACUAGUAAGCAUGACACCUGCAUAAAAUUUCCCAGCAUUACUCAAGAGAGCCUUAAUAGUUGUUGCUGUCACUCCUUUCACCGUUGUUCUUCCAGACAAUGACAAUUGUGGCAUCUCUCAUGUCUUGUGGCAUGGCUCUCUCUGUCAAACACUGGUAAAGGACAUCAGGCCAUCAAUUUGCUUACCCUUUGCCACUUACUAUGCUGCCGAUUGUUUUGCAGAGUUCAGUAAUGGUUGGUGUAGCAUCUAGUUCCUCCAUGAUGGGCAGAGGCUCGAUGGCAUCCAGAGCUGAGGUGGUGACGGUGUUCUUUCUAAAACACAGUUCGGAAUAGUGCUAUACCCAUCUUUCCAUUUGCUUGCCCUUGUCAGUGAUCACUUUCCUGCUGGUAAUCUAAAGGGCAUUGCUCUGUGUUGGGCCUAGAGCUGUCUUGAUGCCUUUAUACAUUCCUCUGUUGUUUCCCAAAACAGCUACAAUUUGAAUGAAAUCACUAAGCUGUUGCCAGUAUUCAUUUGUACAAAGUAUUGCAGUUUAUUGCACCUUGCUUCUUGCUGCUCUGAGCGUUUGUAGGUUAUUCUCGCUGGGAGAGUGCCUGUAUUUAGCAAUGGCGGCACGCUUAGCGUAAGUGAUAGGGGGCAUCACACUGAACUUGACGUCAAACCAGUCGUUGUUUUCUGAGGUUUUUCUUUUAAAAGGUUGCAAAGGCAUUUUUUCUGAAUGGUAUCCUGGAGGUGGUUCCAUUUUUCAUAGAUAGAGCAAUGUUGGUGUUCGAUAGACAGAGCUUUUUCAACUUCUUUUACUUCCUCAGGAAGCUGCAUACUCAUGGUGUCGAUGUGAGGUUCGCCUUUCUGCUUAAAAUUGUGAAGCGUUUUUGAACAGGAGUGAUCAGUGUCGCAGUCUUCACUGUCAAAAUUGUGGGUAAUCUGCACAAGCUUGAUGUCGUUGCGACGAAUCAGGAUCAUAUCCAGCUGAUACUAAUGUUUUGAUUGGGGCUGACAUCAUGAUACUGUGUUGUGGCUUGGUCUAUAGAAGAGUGGUUCUUAACCUAGCUAAAGGUACCAAACCCCACAAGUGUCACCUGUGCAUUCACUGAUCAUUUUAGAAUUAGAUCAUAAAGUUUUUUUCUUUCAGUCAAAACUAAUAUAUCUAAGCCAUUAAGCUAAUAUCCAAGUGAAUUACUGUUCACAUUUCUUCACAUUUUAAAGCAUGUUUUUAAACAGGUCAAAUUUCCAGUCCAAGCCUGCUGUAGGUCCGUUGUACUUCUUUAUGCCCUGUAUGUGUCAACCUUCCACUGAGCAAACCUGUUUCUCUUCCUAUCAUAUAGAGGACUAGUGGUUGAAAGCAAUGAAAUAAAGCCUGUUAAUUGGGGGUAAACCAGUCCAAAACAUGGUUUAAAACAGCACUUUGCAUAGAUUUAGCCGGCGUACGAAAAUAAGGCCCUUCUUAACCUUCACUGAAUCCCCUAAAUUUACUCCCCGCACCCCUGGGGAUCGAUCAAACUCAGGUUAAGAACUACUGGUCUAGAAGAAGAAUUUGGUCACCUAGAAACUGUUGUAGGAGGGAAACUUCAGCAGGUGCUGCCCGUUGUCAUUUAUCUAGCACCCACAGUUGGCACCCACUCGAGCGUUGAGGUCUCCCAGGAU